GCAUGAUAUGCAUGCACGUUUGGACACACUGUAAGAAGAACUGAUGCGUUAUUGUGUGCUCCUGUCGGUACACUCUUCACUAUCAGCGUUUAACUGUGUAGGUGCUGGAGUGUGGAGAGGGAAGGCACGCUGCUGCAAACCAACUGUGACAUGCACAUGUAGAAGAUACACUGAGUGUGUGCGGCCAUUUAUUAUUAGUAUUGCACCAUUGUGGUCUCUAGAUUUUACUUGCAGAGUGCCCUGGAACGAGGACUGAUUUUUUUCUAUAAGCGCACCUUUGAAGGAUUUGUAUUGAGUUUAAGUGGAGGAGUGGAUCCACGUUUUGCUGGUGCUGCUGGACUAUUUCAUUAUUAUUAUAGCCCGGUGUUAUACUAAUCUGUACGUAUGUUUCAGGAGGUAACUGAUCAUCAGAUGUGAACUACUGGUGUCAAAAAUGAAGCCGCUUCAGCAGAUUCACCUUACCUGCAGAAGGAUAAUAAGGGAUGUACUGCAGCACAAAUCUUUCCUUCCUGCUUUUAUAUCCACCUCCUGCACCUGCCUGAGCAGGAAAAAGAAACACAAUGGUUAUGAUGAGGUUAACCAAGCAAAAUACGAAGGUUUGGUGCGUACUGUCACUGCCUCCCGCAUCAGUCCACAGACACCUGAUAGGUUAUUUGAAGAAGACAAUUUUUUGUUUGGCAAAGUAGUAAAAUCAAAGACUGCAACACAAACACCUGAGCCUAAGGCUCCUCAGAACUGGGUCCCACUAAGCAACCCAAAUAAAGUUAGUUUGCCCCUAGAGAAGACCGACUUUGACUUACCCCUGAAGAUCAGUUUACCAGCAAGAAAUCAUAUGGCAAAUGGCACAAUUCCUAGUGUUACCAGAAUCCUACAGCAAACCAUGCCCAUGGAACAGGCAUUUUACCUUGAGAGAUGGAAGCAGAGGAUGAUCAUGGAAUUGGGUGAACAAGGCUUCGCUGAAUAUACUGCAGCUCUCUUCUCACAGGGAAAACAGUUCCACAUGCAGCUGGAAGAUCUGCUUUUGGCUCUGGAUCAUGGUAAAAAAGAGGAGCCUGAGGGGUCCACAGGGUACCUGAGCAGUGUUCAGCAUGUUCUGACAGACAUUAUUGGAGUUAAGUCACUUGAAAGUGCAGUGCACCACUCAGAGCUGCAGUACUUGGGUCUUGUAGACUGUGUGGCUGAAUAUCGGCAAAAGCUGUGUGUAAUAGACUGGAAGACUUCAGAGAAACCAAAGCCAUAUAUACGAGACACGUUUGAUAAUCCACUGCAAAUUGCAGCUUAUAUUGGAGCAAUAAAUCAUGACAAUAAUUAUAAUUUUCAGGUCAACUGUGGUCUCAUAGUGGUGGCGUACAAAGAUGGUUCCCCUGCCCAUACACAUUUCAUGGACACAGAUCUUUGUUUGCACUUCUGGAAUAAGUGGCUGCUACGCUUAGAAGAAUAUAAAAAGAAGAAGGAGGAGAAGGAGAAACAGCAAUGACAACAGGACAUGGCAGUGACAUGUUUUGUUUAAGGUCCCACAUUUAAAGUCUGUUCUACUGCCCCUGCAUACACCUGGACCUAAUGUGAAUGAAAUACAAUAUGCAGAAAGGGAGGAACUUCUCAUCUGUACUUUAUAGGUGGCGCCUACAGACAGCGGAUCCAACCACUUGCAAUAUGAGAGCCUGCAGUGGCAGACACAGGUUGCUAGAAAUUCUGCUACCUACCCUCUAUGCACUUGUAGAGGCAUACUUAUCAAAGGGUGAAUUCUCACUUUAACCCUUUGACCAGUAUGUCUUUGAGCUUUGAGCUGCUGGACAGUGGCGCACUCUAUUUUUACUGUUGGAUAAAUGUCCUUAUUUAAGUAAUUCAGUGUAUAAGUCACCAUGUCACCUAGACGUAAAAGAUAAAACCUACAUGGUAAUCUAUUUUGUAUGCAUUUUUACCAUGAACUUUGAAUUACUUAACCUUUAUGUUUAUGUAUAUUGCCUAUAAGAACCCAUUUCCCAACCGUCUAACUACGGCUGAUUGUGAUUCGCUGUUCAAGAAAGUGAAGGCAUAUAUUCAUGUUAUAUUGUUAUACAAAUACAUAAAGCUGGUGUACAGAGCUGCAGAACUUUAUACAUACAUUUUAAAAAUAAUGAUAUCCUAACUGUUUAUUAAUUCAGCAUAAUAACUGUUGAACAGUAAAAGAUAUUUUACUAAAA